AUGACUGAUCCAUUAGAAAUAGACGAAAAUGCAUCUGUUAGCAUCAGAAGCUCUCAAAAAAAUAAUGAGGUCGUUAAUAAAGUAUUAGAAGAAUUAAAAAAAGAUGAUAAAUUAACUAUUACUACUAGUGGCUUUUCUAUUGAAAAUAAUUAUAAAAAUGUAGAAAACACUACUACUAAAAAAUUAGAGAGAUAAAAAUUAGGAUAUAAAGUUAAAAAUUAGAUUUAAGUAAAAUCUUCUGAAUUAGAAAAGGCUGAAGAAGUGAUUUAAACUGCUAUUGAAAAUGGAUUUAAUACUGUUGAUUUUGUUAAAUACUACCCUGAUAAUGAACAAAUAUAAAAAGCUUAUAAUGAUCUAAUAGUUGAAGCAGUUAAAGAUGCUUAAAAAAAGGCAGAAAUAAUUUUAAAAGGUGUCUAAUAUAGCGUUGACAUUUCUUAUAAAAAUACGGAUAAAGAUGUUUAAGCUGCUCUUAAAAAAAAUAAAGAAGUUGUCAAAAAAGUAUUAGAUAUUUAUAAAAAAGAUGGACAAUUAAGUGUUUCUUCUACUGGUUUUAAUAUUGAUUCUGAUAAUUAUGAUUUUAAAAUGAAUGAAGAGACUGAAAAAAAUGAAAGAGUUUUUGAAGGAUAUAAAGUUAAAAAUUCGAUUUUAAUAAAAUCUUCUAAUUCAUAAAAGGCUGGAAAGGUGAUUGAUGAUGCUAUUAAUAAUGAAUUUAAUUCCGUUGAUUUUGUUAAUUUUUAUCCUGAUGAUGAAUAAAUGCAAUAGGCUAGAGAAAAAUUACUAUACGAAGCAGUUUAGGAUGCCAGAAAAAAAUUAAAUUUACUUAUAAAAAAUCUCGGAUAAGAAGUUAUUGGUGUAAAAAGAAUUUAUGAUAUUUAUGAAGAUAUAAAUAGUCCUAAUAGUAAUAGUAUGACUUAUGCAUUGGGUGGUGAUACUAGUAUAUAAUUAAACAAAUCUAAAAAAACUAUGACUAUUAAGGUUAGAGUUUAAUUUUUUACUUAACCAAUUAGUGAAAAUUAGUGA